AUAGAUAAACGCGAUCAAUUAACUCAUCACGUAUCUAAAAAAUUAAUUUUAUUUUAACUUGUAUACGUUUCAGUACACUUACCAUCAGUGUUUUCUCAUGCAUUAGAUACCAUGAUUUGGUUAACACUAGUAGUUGUAAUUUUAUCAUUGGGAUACUAUUACUUUAGGAGAACUUACACUUACUGGAAGAAUUUAGGGAUUAAUCAAACCACACCACUGCCUUUUUUUGGAGAUAUGUUUCCUGCAAUAGCUCAAACCAUGCCAAUAUGUGACUUAGUGGAAAAACUGUACAAGGAAUUUCCAACAUCGAGAUACAGUGGAGCUUACGUAUUUACUUCACCAACAUUAAUUAUUCGAGAUCCAGAUCUAAUUAAAAAAGUACUGGUGAAAGAUUUCGAUCACUUCCUUAAUCACAAGCCUAUGGUAAAUCCUGAUGAUGAUCCUAUUUGGAACAACAACUUGUUUGCAAUGCAAGGACAAAGGUGGAAAGAACUACGACAAACUGUAACUACCUCUUUUACUUCAAGUAAAAUGAAGAAGAUGUUUUCUCUGAUGGUAGAAGCUUCAAAACAGUUUAUCGAUUACUUUGAUAAACAAGAUGAAAAUCUCAUAAGUUUGGAAAUGAAAGACGCCUACACCAGAUUCGCUAAUGAUGUAAUUGCAUCAUGUACGUUUGGAGUUAAAGUGGACUCAUUGAAUGAUAGAGAAAAUGAUUUUUACGUUAGGUGCAAGGAGGUAACCAGCUUUACAGGCGUCUGGAAAAGUAUUAAGUUCUUUCUAUACGUCAUAUCUCCUUUUGUAGCCAAGAUAUUUAAGGUUAGUAUAUUGACCCCAGAAACAACAUCAUUUUUUCGAACAAUAAUUAAUGACACAAUUGAAAUGAGACAAAGUAAAAAUAUUGUCCGACCAGACUUUAUUCAAAUAUUAAUGGAUUCCCGUAAAGAAAAUGUCACAGAAGACACCCAAAAGGAAGAAAUAGAUACAGGAUUUGCAACUGUUCAAGAAGUCAUCGACGUUGGGAGACCAAAAAGGUAUAUAACUGAUGAUGAGAUUUUGGGACAGGCAGCUGGUUUUAUGUUUGCUGGUUUCGAUUCAGUUUCUGGGCUAAUGUGUUUCACCUCAUACGAGUUGGCUCUUCAUCAAGAUUUUCAAGAUAUUUUAAGAGCCGAGAUACAAAGUACCCUGGAAGAGUGUGACGGAGAAAUAACCUACAAUAGUUUGAUGAGCAUGAAGUACAUGGACAUGGUGAUAUGCGAAAGUCUCAGAAAGUGGCCAAACGUAUCUGCCACCGACAGGGUGUGUUCAAAGCCUUAUACCAUAGAGCCUCAAACACCAGAUGAAAAACCUGUACAUUUAAAAGUCGGCGAUUCAAUCUGGAUACCGCUUUGCGCCAUUCAGAGAGAUCCAAAGUAUUUUCCAGAUCCCGAAAAGUUUGAUCCUGAAAGAUUCAGCGACGAGAAUAAGAAGAACAUCAAUCCGUACACCUUUUUGACUUUUGGAGUGGGUCCAAGAGGUUGCAUUGGAUCCAGAUUUGCUAUUAUGGAAGUUAAAUCGAUGUUGUUUCAUUUGUUGUCUAAAUUCAGGAUAGUCCCAACGGAAAAAACUGAUAUUCCAAUUCAAAUUGCUAAAACAGCUGGGGCUCUAAAUGCCAAAAAUGGAUUUUGGCUUGGCUUAGAGAAACUAUAAAUUUUAAAUUAUAUGUUAAUAAAUCUUUGUAGUAAAAGUU